CAAAGUUUUCUCAGCCGGCACAGCGUUGCCUAGUAGCAGCUAUUGGCGGCGGGAGCGUUAUCCAGCGACGUAUUUUUUUUUUUGGUUUUACGCACGCAGUUUGAGCGCGCCGUGGACGUUUACCUUCACUGUCUGUGCGCCUGUCAUCCGCCUGUCUUCAUCUAAAAGCGAUAUAAACUCCAAAAAUGCCGCAGACUGUGACGCUAAUGGGACCCUCUCCUUGGGGUUUUCGGCUCGUGGGAGGACGGGAUUUCAGCACACCCUUAACCGUGUCCAGGGUGUUAUCGGGCAGUAAGGCGGCCCUCGGAGACCUGUGCGCGGGAGAUACCAUUCUGGCCAUCAACGGGGAGAGUACGGAGACCAUGACCCAUAUGGACGCGCAGAACCGGAUCAAGAACUGCAGCAGACAGCUCACACUCAGCAUCUGCAGGUCGGGGUCGGGAGGAGACAGAGUGUGGUCUCCAACGGCGAGCGACGACGGAAAGAUCAGCCCCUACGCAGAGCCCGACUCACAGAAUUUCCGUCCGAUCUCCAGCGGCUUCCCCAGUUACACCCGUAAACCCUCGUUCGGCUCAGAGCCCCCCUCCUCCCCCCCGGCCCCCGUCUCCUCUCCCACUCCGUACGCCAACAACGGACACACCAGGCCCAACAACGGGCACAGCUACGCGGGAUAUGGGAACGGACACGCCCAGUACAGCGCCCCCCAACACAGCACCCAGCACUACAGCACCCAGCAGUACAGCAGCCAGCAAUACAACGCACCUACUGCUCUAUACUCACACAGCGGGAGUAACGGAAGCAACGGGGAGAGAUGUCUGUCCAACAAGAUGAGUGGACUCAGGCUCAGUGCCCCAAACAGCCCAGAGCCGCCGACGCAGUCCCCUGACGUCACGCAGUCCGACGUCUACAAGAUGCUCCAAGACUACGAAGAACCAGUGUCUGAACCCAAACAAUCCGGAUCCUUCAAGUACCUGCAGGGAAUCCUCGAGUCUGGAGAUGGAGGUGUGUCGCCCACUGAGAGACUGAGGAACCUCAAGUCCCCCAUCAGGUCCCCAGUCCCCAAAAUGGGAAACCCGAUCUCCAGCCCUGCCCCGGGACUUCAGAGCCUGCCCCAGUGCACACGCUGCUGCAGUGGCAUUGUGGGCACGAUCGUGAAAGCCAGAGACAAGCUGUACCACCCGGACUGCUUCAUGUGUGACGACUGCAACAUCAACCUGAAGAAGAGGGGCUACUUCUUCAUCGAGGAGAGCCUGUACUGCGAGGCCUGUGCAAUGGCGCGCGUCCAGCCACCAGAGGGCUACGACGUGGUGGCCGUGUACCCCAACUCCAAAGUGCAAAUUGUCUGAGAGAUUACGUACAGCUAAAUAAUGUAAAUACGAGACGGAUUGAUCUAUUGAAGGGGAAACGGGGGCUUCAGAGAGAGAGAGGCGUGAUGUUUGUUAACCAGGUCACAUAAUACAAGCUUGGGGCAAAAGUUUAGCCUUGUGUUUAUUUAUCAUUUGCGAUAUUGAAGCUUUGAUGUCAAAAAGAAAGAUUGUCUACCCCAAGAAACUAUAUGUUUUUUCAGUAAAAUAUUAUCAUUAUAGUAUUAAAUUGUAAGGAUCUGGGUCUUUUGGACUGUGGCGGCAGAAGUUUAAAGUUUCAAAUUUGUUCUUACAGAAAACUUAAAGUGCAUAUAGCAGGUUUUUAUGUCCAUCCAUCCAUUUUUUUUCACUUAUCCCAGACUUCCCACACCCCAGACACGUCCUCCAGCUCCUCCAGUGGGACCCCAAGGCGUUCCCAGGCCAGACGAGAGGUAUAGUCCCUCCAGCGUGUCCUAGGUCUUCCCUUGGGCCUCCUCCUGUUGAGACAUGCCCAGAACACUUCCCUAGAGCAGGUUUUAAUGUUUUGUUUUUUUUAAAUUAUUACUUUAUUU